ACACAUGAAAAUGGAGGUUCUCGGUAUAGAAGUACCUGUGUGGGCUGUUCUGACUCUGGUGGCUUGUCUGUGUUACACGUUCAUGAUGAGUCGUGACUACUUCAUCUUCUGGAAGAUGGGGAUACCAGGACCUACCCCUCUACCUAUUGUCGGUAACCUGGUGGGGAUAGUUCGACAGGGUCUUCGUAAAUUCGACCAGAAAGGAAUACAGAGAUAUGGCAAAGUUUUCGGAACUUACGAUAUGAUUGAUCCGAACCUUGUUGUAGCAGACAAGGAGAUGUUGAGGCAUAUUCUCGUUAAGCAGUUUAAUAACUUUCCAGAUAGACGGACAAUUAAAGACUUCAAUGGAGACAUGGAACACAGCCUUUUGAAUACCAAAGGGGAACACUGGAAACAGGACAGGAGUGUUAUCGCUCCAACAUUUUCAUCUGGAAAACUACGCAAAAUGGUGCCGUUAGUUCAGAAAGCGUGUGACACAUUGCUGAAAACCUGUCGUGAUGCUGUAAGGUGUGGGGACGAUGGUCAAGUAGAAAUGAGAAGAUUAUUUGGUGGUUUCACUAUGGAUGUGAUCAGUUCCACGGCUUUCGGUAUCCAUGUGGAUUCACAGGGCAAUCCAGACGACUUGUUCGUAAAAUAUGCCAAGAAAAUGCUUGACAUCAGUCUGACAACGCCUUGGUUACUCUUCAUUCUCUUUUUUCCGUCAUUGAAACCAUUGCUGUUAAAAAUGGGUGCAACUAUUUUUCCGAAAGACAGUAUGGCUUACUUCCGGAAACUUACCACACAACUUGUAAAGGAAAGACGAGAGAGUAAGGAGGCAUCUCGCACAGACUUUCUCCAGUUAAUGGUGGAUGCUCAGGAAGGAAAGCAUGAGGAGGACGACGAAGAGGAGAGGGACAAUUCCAUUGAUCGGAAGGAAACCUGGUCUAAACAGAAAGGCAUAACAUUCGAUGGAAUAUUGGCAAAUGCAGAAAUCUUCUUCGCUGCGGGAUACGAAACUACGGCUAUAACUCUGACAAUGAAUGCGUACAACCUCGCUUUAAACCCAGAAUGCCAGGAAAAACUACGUCAGGAGAUUGAGGAUGAGAUUGGUUUGGAAAGGGUCGACUAUGAGAAUGUGCAGAAACUCCACUACCUUGACAUGUGUAUAAGUGAAACACUGCGGAUGUAUCCACCGGCAAUGAGGUUUGACAGAGUUUGUGUAAACACUACAAAGGUCGUUGACAUUACAAUCCCAGCUGGGAUGUCGGUGUCUGUACCUGUAUAUGCAAUACAUCAUGAUCCAGAUGUUUGGGAAAAACCAGACCAAUUCGAUCCGGAGAGAUUUUCUUCGAUGGAGAAGGCUAAACAUGAUCCAUUGGACUACAUGCCCUUCGGGUACGGUCCACGUAACUGUAUCGGUAUGAGGCUAGCUUUACUGGAAGCAAAAAUGGCAACAACCCAAAUCAUACGCAACUUCCGGUUGUCUGUUGGCAGUAAAACUAACAUUCCACCUAAAAUGGAAGAAGCUUCCAUUUUAAAGCCGUCGUACUUAUGGCUAAAGCUGGAGGAAAUACAAUGUCAGUGAUUCGUCAUUUACUCGUAUACAGCGGUCAUUGUCGCAAAAAAACAUGACGUUUAGAUUUCAUUACAUCAAACAGGUAUCAGUGCUUUAUAUUAGUGUCAUAAACAAAAUGCUACAAACAUUUUCUUCUAGCUGUUUUUAUCUGAUAACAAACCAAGAUAUCAGUAUAAUUACUAAUUAGUUUAUUUGUUGUAUCUUUCUACCUGUAUGUAUUAUAUAACCGAACUUGUUUUUUUAACUUACAUGGCUGAGAACAGGUUUUGUUCAACCCUCGGUUCGUAUCUUUAUAUUUUCUUGGAUAACGUUAGUCCUGUAAAAAAAUUAUGUAUUAACCAUUGUAUUAACAAUUGUUUCCAAUUCCAAUUCCUCUGUAUACGUUGCUAUGUAUUAUUUGCAUGUUGUUAUGGAAUAAAAAUAAAGUUUAUAUUAACAAUGAAA